ACGGUGUUGGAGAGAAGAAAAAUGGACAGAAGACGUAAACAGAGCUUCAGGCCCGAUGAGGUGCGUCUCCUCAUAGAAGAGAUAGAGGCGCACAAAGGUGUGAUCUUUGACCGCUUCAAAGGUGCCCACACCAACCUGCAAAAGCAGAAGGUGUGGGCACAAAUAGCGGAGAAUAUGGCCGCUGUGUCAGGGACCAGGCGAUCUGGAGUAGAUCUCUGAAAGAAGUGGUAGGACUUUGCCAGUUUGGCCAAAAAAAAGGCAGCUGCGAUUAGGCAACAAAUAGCAACAGGUGGAGGCAGUAGCUCUGCACCUCCCCUUACCCCCGAGGAGGAGAUGGCCCUGGGUAUCCUGGGGACAACUGCAUCAUCGUGCAUCCCUGGGGGGGUCGAUGUGAUGGGGGGGCAUAGAUCCACAGCCAGGGACCUCGACGGAGCCACUACCCCCAUACCAGGAACCCAGGAGCCCCCUCACUCCUGCUGCUGCUCCUGCUGCUACCAGCUGCCAGUGCAGCCAGGACCUGGUGCAGCUGGAGAGGGAGAAGCUGGCCGUGCUGAGGGAGCUGUGUGGCCUGACCAGGGAGGCGUCCAAGUGGGAUGCCGAGUACCAGCAGCAGGUGCUAUAUAUGAAGAGGGCCAAGUUGGACCUGCUGGCUCGACAGGUGGCACUGGAGGAGGAGAAGUUGGCUAGGCCCACUUUCCCACCAGAGAGGAGAUGACGGCGAUCCAGGGGCAUUUCUUCCGAGAGCAUCAAAUUCCUCAGGUGGCCGGAGUGGUGGAUGGCACGUUAGUGCCCAUACUGACACCCCACAAUGAUGGUCACAUCUAUAUCUGCAGGAAGGGGUACGCGGCCAUCAAUUGCCAGCUGGUGUGUGACCACCGGGGCAUCAUCCUUGACGUUGUGGCGAGAUGGCCGGGCAGCACGCACGACUCCUUUGUUUUCAGGGAGUCCACUGUUGGUCGGGAGGCAACUGCGUCGAGGGGUGAGUGGCGACUUCUCGGCGACAGUGGGUACCCCCUCUGGCCAUACCUCUUCACACCUGUGGCCAACCCUGAGGACAACCAUCAACGUGCCUACAAUGAGGCCCAUCGUCUGGCCAGAAGUGUGGUGGAACGCACCAUCGGGCGGUGGAAGUUGCGCUUCCAGUGUGUCCACAAAUCAGCCGGGGGACUCCUCUUCAGUCCGGCGAAGGCCCUGCUCCGGAUUGUCCAGACGAGGAGGAGGAGGCUGAGGCUGAUGAGGGGGGCCGUGAUCCAGACGACCAACCUCAGCACUACAUGGCUGGUUUUGAGGCCCGCCUUGACGUGAUCCAGGACUUUUUUAAUGUUUUGGGUUGCUCCUUUCCCCACACAGUGUCACCAAUCACCACCAGCACACUUCGCAUCCUCCCUAUGUUGCUUUUGCCACUGCCCCUCCAACUUCUCUCCUACACCGUCUGCACAAAUCUCUCCCUUCAUAUUUGGUUCUCAGUCACAUUCUCCUGUUGCCUGUUUUGUGUUUGUUUCCCUUUUUUUUUUUACAUAUAUAUAAUUAUAUAUAUUGGCCGAUCGUAAUAUAGGACAAUGUUUUUUUCCCUGCAACACACUAUGACUUUAACAACAUUGGUAUGAAUGAUUCCUGCACCAACCACCUAGGCCUACCUAAGAACAUAUAUUAACUCACACAAGUGAAGUCAGUUUAGUUAUGCAGCGGAUUUUAUUUGCUGACGUCUUCACGCACACGCCUCAGUGGAGUCACCAGUAGGAAGAUCUGUGACAUUACAUAGACACAUGUAAUGUCACUGAUCUUCCUGCGGGUGACUCCACUGAGGCAUAUGCGUUAAGACGCUCUUAGCCAGUAACGAGUACUCUGGAGCACUCGUAGAUCUACGAGUGUUUUCACGACGCU